AUGGCACCCAAGAAGUCCGCCGAUUGGAAGGCGCUCUUUGAAGACAAGGGCACCAAGAAUAAACCCAAGAUCCAGAAAAGAUGGAUUCGGUUCGCGGGAGGCCUUAAGACCCUAAUCAUCGCCAAACUCAACGCACGUGUUACUGCAUUAACGCUUAACCCCACCAACUUCUCCGACUAUCGAAAGGUCAAGAAGGCCCUAACAGUAGGUCGGGAAAUUGACUACGCUGAUGCGUGGUCUGUUGUCUUCAGGAUCUGCUGCGACAAGCGCUAA